AUGUUUCUUCAGAUAUUAUCCUAUAUCGGGGCUGUCGUGGGUUUUUUAUUUCUAGUGCUAUCAAUUGCCUCGGGAUUAUACUACAUUUCAGAAUUGGUGGAGGAACAUACAGAGCCAACCAAACGGUUCCUUAGGAAGCUUAUCUACGGCAUAAUAGCAACAUUUGCACUUCUCGUGUUGUUCGACAAGUUCCCCGUCAAGUUAUCCUUGUUUUCGAUAUUUUCAUACUACAUUUACCUCCAGAACUUGGUCAAGUUCCCCCAUGUCGAAUUGACGAGCCCCGUUUUCUUAUCUAGCGUGGUGCUAGUCAUUGCCAAUCAUUUCUUGUGGUUCAAUCAUUUCCAUAACCCAGAGAUACCGUCGUUGGAUGCUUGGUUGCGCUCGGAUUACGUCCCGCCCAGAAUCCCCACUUUUCUUGAAAUCUGCUCAUUUUUUGGGCUUUUGGUGUGGUUCAUCCCCUUUGCAUUGUUUGUUAGUUUGAGUGCCCAUGAUAAUCUCUUGCCCCACCAUAAUGAGGUUCGCGUUAGUGAAGAUGGCAAAAAGAAGAAAAACGGGUUGGCCAAGGUGGUGGUGGCAGGCAUCAGAGAGUACAUAUACGCGUUUAGUAGGAAGUUGGGGUACGAAUUGGAUCCUCAUCGAGACUCCAUUGUAUACUAA